AUGGGUUUUUGCUGGAGCGGGGACUGUGGCAUCAGGCCUUGCCGGGCAGACCAUUAUAUGCCCUGUCUUGCUGGUUGGGUGGGCCCCACUGUGCUGCUCUGCAUCUAUGGUUUCUGCUCCAUGAUGAGGCCCAUAGAGCCCUUUUUGACAGAGUUUCUCACAGGAACUUAUAAGAAUCUCACCACUGAGCAGGUGACUAGACAAGUGUAUCCUGUGUGGACUUAUUCCAGCCUGGUUCUCCUCGUCCCAGUACUCCUGGUGACAGACUACCUCAGGUACAAGCCUGUAAUCAUCCUCCAGGGUCUCACCUAUGUCACGGCAUUUCUGCUGAUACUUGUCGGCUCGGGGGUCCACUUGACUCAGUUGGCUCUCCUCAGCUACAGCAUUUCCACAGCGGCAGAUGUGGCCUAUUUCUCCUACAUUUACCGCGUGGUCCAGCCCAGCUACUAUCAGAGAGUGACCAGUUAUGUCACAGGGGCCAUACUUGUGGGCUACGCUGUGGGUGCCCUGCUGGGUCAACUGCUGGUGUCUUUUGGUGGGGUGUCCUUAUAUUGCUUAGGUGUUGUGACUCUCAGCUCAGUCUCUGUUGCACUAAUGACCUCCUUUUUCCUGCCCAUGCCUGAAACUACUUUAUUUCAUAAGGGAACAUAUUCUGCACAACAGGUAAACUCAGGUGAGGACACUGAAGACUCUGUAAGCCAGGACUCUUCCAUCUGGGCGAAGAGCAUGAAGGCUACCAAGUAUGUUAGGAAGAUGCUGAGAAGGCUUUUAUCGGACUGUAAGGAAUGUUAUUCCUCGGCAGCUGUGCUCUUCUUCUGCAUAUGGUCAGCUACAGGGAAGUGUGGCUUCUACCAGGUUACAGGCUACGUCCAGAUCCUCUGGGUCGAUAUGCAGCCACAUGAUAACUUCACAGCCUACAAUGGAGGGGUAGACGCCAUCAGCACAUUGUCAGGGGCUGCUGCCAGCAUUGCUGUGGGCCACAUGACGCUGGAGUGGUCCGUGUGGGGGGAGCUGAUCCUUGGGGUUUUCACGUUCCUGAUCACUGGGGCUCUAUUCCUGAUGGAUAUGACUCAUAACAUCUGGAUCAGCUACACCUGCUUCUUCCUCUUCAAAACUGUUUACAUGCAGCUCAACACCAUCUGCACUUUUCAGAUAGCCAAGGCGCUGAGCAAAGAGCGCUACGCGUUGGUAUUCGGCAUUAACAGUUUUGUGGGCACAGUCCUCCAGAGUGUCCUCACCGCCAUCGUCAUCAACACCAGGUCUCUACAGCUCACCAUCACCUCCCAGUUCUUUAUCUACGCUUCAUACUUUGCUGCCGUUUCCCUGCUUUUCACACUCAGAGGUAUGUAUACUGUAUUCCGCAUGAGCCAGCCUGCGACAGGCCACGAGGAAGAGAGGGCAACCCGCCUGCCGGAGGCCUGACAUCUAUGAGUAACAGAGAACGUACAGCUUCAUAUCAAAACUCUGUGAUCAGUUACAACAGCAGCAACAGAAAAAAUGGUUGCAGACACUCUGCUUGGACAGAUAUUCAAGACAAGAUAUUCAAACAGUCGAUACAUCAUCAGCAAGAUUUAACCAAAUGAUUCUACAGAGAUGCUGUGACUAAAAUACCUGUUUAAAUAAACCUGUUUCAAUAAAGGGUUGAAUAAAAAAUAUAAUACUGUAAAAUGUAAUACUUACAUGUGGCCACUAGAGUGCAGUAUCUGCACAGCGUAGAAAAGAAGAAUACUACAUUGCACCUCUGCUGUUUUAAACUCUAGUUUAGUCUAGUAAAUAUAAAUUUAAUGGCACAAUAUUCCAUGCAUGUAUGUCCAUAAGAAGUCUUUUAAUUAAGAUGCUGAAAUGUCAAAAUGAAUUCAGUGUGCAGUGGGAUUUUGUGCAUGAUCAGCUAUGCAGCUAUGAACCAUUCUUGUGUGCAUAUUUAGCAAUUUAAUAGCACUUUAUGAAAACACACCAUGACCAUAUAUCACAAUGGUUACAUGGACUGUGUUUUUGAUUUUCUCAAGCACUUGCCAUUUGUUGUGAUGGUUAAGACAUCUGAAGCCACUUACAGUAAUAUUUGGUAACUUACAAGCUUGCCAGACAAAUUAAAAUCAGGUCAGCAGAAAUGUUGAGGCUGCAGUAAUUGUAACUGUAACAAAAUUAUAUGUUAGACUGGUACCUCUAAGGACAUAAUUUACUAAUAUA